AUGCGAGUUUCGCAAGGUCUUCUGAAUGGUUGUUAUCGACAGGGAUCUCUGCAGCUCGGCCGGCGCCAAACCUCGACCAAUCAGAACGGCCGUGCCAAAUUUGGCCUCGUAGCUAAUAAUUUCGACUUCGCCAAUCACUUCUUCAAUGCCAAGCAUAACCCGGAAAAUGGCGCUGGUGGCUUGGGAUUUUGUGGAAAUGCGGCGCUAUUCCACGAUGCGCGGGUGGCGAUGUGGGCCGCAAGCGGCUCUCGAAAUAUGGAUUCAUCUGUACGGUAGUAAAAUGUUUGAUUGUUUUACUAUGUAAGUAGGGAGAUGUUAAAAGUAGCCGGAUCCUCAAAGUCGCAUAAUUGCCAUUUGGAAUAAUCUGUCUGUCCUGAUAUACUCGGAGUGACCAGAUACGUUUUUAUUAGUAUCAUGCCCAGGGUAUAUUUGUUUCCACCAGCAUCCUAUUACUCCUCUCAUUUAUCGGACAUGCGUACGUCACGGCU